AAGAAUUUUGAUUUUUUAACUGUUAUUUGACUUAAUUUUGUUAAUCAAAUUUAAGACAAUGAUCACAACAGCAACUUUACAGUUGAUAUAUUUUGUGCAAUUAAUUGUAUGUAUGGUCAGUGCCGACACAAACAACAAUUUGUGCAAAGAUUUGUCGGGCAAUUACCGGGUAUUUGAAGCUUUUAUAUUCAAAAAAGGUUUAACACUACUGUUGGAGGACCGAAACGCUGUCCGACCGGACGACCCGUUCGCCUAUAAGAGACGUUAUUAUUUUAUCGAAGAUUUUGAUACAACACAACUGGAAACUGGAGGUUCGGUUGGAUUUAAAAAUAUAUAUGAGUUAACAGAAUUAGGCAAAUGGAGAGCAUUACUAAUAGGAGACAUGUUUUGGAUGAAACACUUUUUCUGGUUACGAACCGAUGAAAACUUCGGAUCUAAAAUUGAUGGCAAACAGAGAGUUCUUGUGGCAGUCAAUAACACUAUAGAGUACGGCUUGGAUAUGAUAAAAGGUUUACUGUUUCGUCUUAAGGAUUCCAAUGAUACUGAAUAUCCGGAUUUGGAAGUGAUUCGACGGAUUAGGACAGACAUCUAUAAGUACAUACCGGGCGACGAUCCCAUGAAUUUGAUGACACUGUUUAUUAAGUUUCCGCAACAAGAUUUGGUCGAUCGUAUACACUCUAUACUGGUUUUGCCAGUACUUCCCGAUGUACUACCUGUGCGACUGUUUUUCUAUUAUAUGGAGAAUAUCCGGAAAUCAAAUCAAGAAAAUAGUAGCGAUAAUAGCUUUUACUUUAAGCGACACGUAAUGCAGGCCACGUAUAUUGAUUAUGAGACGCGCCGGGAGAUCGACUGGAACUAUCUGCCAGUCAAUGAUAGCGCCAAAUGUGUGGACAAUGAGAUCGUCAACGCAACGGCACUUCUCAGCGAAGAAUACACGAAAGUUGACAAUCAGUAUGUUUUUAAACUGAUUGAGUUUCGCGACAUUGAGUUUGUCAUUAAAACAGGACAAUUAAACGAGACAUACGUUUCCGAAAAGUUAAAUGAAGUCAAACGCGGAUCUAUUUAUCAACUGUUCAAUUGUUCUGAACCGUCGACGCUAACCACCGCUACCGAUACAUCUAUCGGUACAGCGAUGACUACUUCAAAACCUCCGGUUUCAAGCACUCAUUCACCGGAAAUUUUAAUGCUAUCUUCGCUUUGGUUGUGGUAUUCAUUGACGACAUUCAUAUAUUUAAUAUCCCGUUCCCAAUAA